GUGUGGAUGAAGGAGAGAUACUGUAUGUUGGAGGAAAAAAAUACAGACUGCGGAAAAGUUUUUUUUAUUGCCAGCCACAGUCUGUCGCCGUGAGUGUUUUCUGUGGUUUCUUCGUGACAGGAAAGAAGGUGGCGUUUCCAUAAUGGCGACUACAGCGCAAACUGGUGUUUUCAUGAUGGUCAGAAAAGUUUGAGCAAGAACCUUUUUUUUUCUUCCUCCAACUCAGCUGUUAUUUGUGGUGUCACUAACGUUAGGACAAACUACUACCAUGACACACUUCACUUGUUUUUCAGUUUGGGCAUUUGCUUUUAGUUUAUACUUCGGCGUGUCGAACUGUUACUUUUCAAUUCCGCUGAGAAUAUACCCGGGGAAGUUCAACAUAUCMAGGGACCGCGUUGACGUGACUCCGCUUCGGCUCGUAGCUGAUGGAGACGGCCUCUCUCUGGCCUCUGACCCGGCUGGAACUGUCAGCUUUCUGGACAUGGUCAACAACUUGCAAGGGGACUCUGGAAGAGGCUACUACAUAGAAAUGUCUCUGGGUACUCCUGGCCAAAAGCUGAACAUCCUGGUKGAUACAGGCAGCAGUAACUUCGCAGUAGCAGCAGCUCCACACCCAUUUAUUACUCACUAUUUCAACACUAAACUUUCCAGUACCUACCAGUCAGUCGGUCGAUCYGUAGCUGUCAGGUACACCCAAGGAAACUGGGAAGGAGAGCUGGGUAUUGACGAAGUCUCCAUCCCAAAGGGUCCAAACGGGYCCAUCAUCAUCAACAUCGCUGCCAUCUUGUCAUCUGACGGCUUCUUCCUUCCUGGAGUCAACUGGCAGGGUAUCCUGGGACUGGCCUACCCUUCACUGGCACGGCCGGACUCUUCUGUGGAGCCUUUCUUCAACUCGGUGGUGACGCAGCUGGGAAUUGCCAACGUGUUUUCCCUUCAGAUGUGCGGCACAGGACCGUCGGCCAGCAGCACCAUCGAUCCUCCUGCUGGCAGCCUGAUAAUGGGAGGAGCUGAGCCGACACUGUAUCGGGGGUCCGUGUGGUACACCCCUGUAGUACAGGAGUGGUAUUACCAAGUGGAAGUGUUGAAGCUGGAGGUUGGAGACCAGAAUCUGAAUCUGGACUGUAGAGAAUAUAACACAGAUAAAGCUAUAGUCGACAGUGGGACGACACUGCUGAGACUUCCUGUCAGUGUCUUCAGUGCGGUGGUAGAAGCCAUCACACGCAGUUCUCUGAUCCAAGAGUUUUCUUCAGGCUUCUGGGAUGGCACUAAGCUUGCAUGCUGGAUGCAGGGAGAAAACCCCUGGAAGUUUUUCCCAAAGCUUUCCAUCUACCUGAGAGCCACCAACACCAGCCAGUCCUUCCGCAUUACCAUCCUGCCUCAGCUGUACAUUCAGCCAGUCACAGACAUGGACGGCACGUUGGACUGCUUCCGCUUCGGGAUUUCAUCUUCAGCUAACGGCCUGGUGAUGGGAGCCACAAUUAUGGAAGGCUUUUACGUGGUGUUUGACCGCGCUCAGAAGAGGCUGGGCUUUGCUCUCAGCAGCUGUGCAGUGAGUGACGAGGUGGCUCUGUCAGAGAUCGCGGGACCCUUCUCGGCAGCAGAYGUGGCGUCCGACUGCUCCGGCACAUUGUCCAAGGAGCCCCUCCUCUGGGCGAUCUCCUACGCCCUGAUGGCGAUCUGCGCCGUGGUCCUCUUCAUCCUGCUGCUCGCGCUGGUGCUGCCCUGCAGGUGCAGGGACCGCUCCGGGGAGAUCACAGACGAGUCCUCGCUGGUGCGGCAUCGCAUCAAGUGACUGAGAGGAAAUGGGCGGGCGAGCACGGUGAGCGGACCGAGCCCGUCUACGACUGCGGGAGUCAGCCUGCACUGACAUUUAAGGCUGACCCUCAGACUGAGUUUGGACUGCUCCCAUCAGCUUUGACCCAUGGAGGUAGACGGACAUAUCUACUGCCUCUGAAGGGAAACGCCACCAAAACACUCGUGAUAACGGCUGUUAACACUAAAUGUAUGUUUCUGUUUCCUGCUCAGUGCUUGAUCUUUCAUAAUGUAAUGAAAACAUUCMUGAAGAUGCUCUCAUACAGAGGAAGAAUACGCACUGAUGAGAAUGCACUUAAUAAUUUGAUGCAAAUGCUAAGCAUGUUCUUUGAGUUGAUGUGAGCAGACUUGUCGAGCUCAACUUAAACCCGUUAAGCCGUGACAUGAAAUUUAACGACCGCUAACAAUAAAAUCCCACACUGAUAAAAUAAACAGAGUAACAGGAUAAAUCACAUUAACAGUGAGUAAUAUUAGUCAAACGUAGCAUGUGAUGAACAUUUAAAGAAGCACACAACAGUAUUAAACUAGGUGGUAAUCUGGAAGCAAUAGACUUAUUUUAGCCUUUUUUUUUGGACCCUUUAAUGUUCCACUCUUCUGUGCAGCAAAGCUGUCAACUUGACUUUAUUGAUGUUCAGAUUAUUGUUAUUAAUAAUCUGUAAAGUGACAAAUGUUUACUGGGCCUUUUGUUUCGGCUGAUGAACGGCWUCAACAGGGAGGCUCCUGAAAUGCACCUUGUGUGACACAAAGCAACAGACCAAUAUUUCUUCAGUGUGUUCACAUUUUCAUGUAAAUCUGUUUACAUUCAGAUUGACUUUGCUUUGAAUAUUGCUUCAAAUCAUUGCCUUUUAGCCAAAUCUUUACAGUUCUUUAUAAAUUCACUUUUUACACAAAAAAUGGUAAAAACAAAAGGAUUUCUAAAGUGUCUUCAGACUAAUUAACCUCAAGCCAUCUGCAGUCUUUUAAUACUAGAAACACCUGGAAAGUUGCGUUUACAUAAAAAACAGUGAUAAAUGUCAAAGUGACAAAAUAUGUUGUAAGAUUUUAAAAGAAAAUAUUAUUUGUGAGUGAAAUGACCCGACAGUCACAACUGUUUAAAAUCUGAACAUGUUAAACUGUUUAUUUCAAGAUACACCAGAGUAUUUCUAUGUUCUCUUAUUUAUAGACGUUUCUUUAUUUGUGCCAAAAACUGUAAUUGUUCUGUAAAUAAAACAGCUUGUGACAAAUCAAAA